AUGAAGCAUAUUGCUAUGGAUGGCGACUCACCCUCUCUUCCCGAGGAAAUCAUCACCACCAUUCUCAAGCGACUUCCGGUAAAAUCCCUUCUCCGAUUUCAAUCUAUUAGACAGGCAAGUCGAGUGCCUAGAAGAAACAUAGAUGAUUUUGAGGGUGUUUGUUACUUUGGAUUUGGGUUUAGUCCAAUUGUUAAUGAUUACAAGCUAGUUAGAAUAAUUUAUUCCGGUGGGUUUGGUUCUCUGGUUAGUCAAGUGGAAGUAUAUUCAUUAAGCACAGGGUCAUGGAAGGAAAUUGACUUUCGCAACUUGGUGGGUGUGACUCCUAUUAAUGAAACUAUCUCUGUUAAUGGAACUAUGUUUUGGUCUGAUUUUGACCUAUCUGGGAAGAAUCAGGGUAAUCGUACUCUUAGUUCCAUAGAUCGUUGUUUUACUAUGAUAAUUUCAUUUGAUAUAGUAACGGAAGAGUUCAAAUUGAUACGAAAGCCCGCCAUAAACUCUCCUACAUCAACUGCACGCCUUGAUGUGUAUGGGAACAAGCUUGCUUUACUUUGUCAAACUAAUGUUAGACGCUUUGAAUCUUCAAUGAUUGAGUUGUGGGUUAUGGAGGAGGUUGCAUCAAGUGAGAAAUGGAGCUGGAUUAAGAUAUAUAAUAUAAGCUCCUCUUCUGGCACGUUCCGUCCCUCCAUUGUUCGGAGGAAUGAGAUUGUCGGCGACAUUCAUGAAAUAGAAGAAAUAGAAAAUAGCAUACCGAUAACUGUUCUCAGAGGAAAAAUUGUUCUAUCGCUGUUUAAUCUCAGUACUUAUGGUGUGAAGAGGUUUACUAUCUGCCAUUGUGCUGAUGCAUUUUCAUGCAUCUGCAAUCAUAUUGAAAGCUUGUACUGGUUGGCAAUAUCCAUACUGAAGAGCCCUGAUUCUAAAUCUUGAUCAUCAUCACAUUGCAUGUUUAUUUUGUUUAAGCACUUUUGGUGGAAACAAACUUAAGACCAUUUGAUUCAACUUGUAAUUCAUGAUGGAUGCUGAUAUCCAUUUCUAGAUGUUUCCUGUUUUGUUUGACUUAUGUAAUAUCAAGUUAUUUUGUUUCCUUCUAGUCGCUAGUGUAUGAAGUAUGUGGGACUCUUUGUUCAUAUAAUAUGCCAAUGGGUUUACCAUCAAAUGAAUGGGAAGGAAGUAAUUUAAGCAAA